AUGGGCUACGCCUACUGCAGCGGCGGGGGCGCCGGCAAGCCGCCGGCGAAGUUCGAGCCCCGCCCGUUCCUGCUGUCCGUGGUCGCCGUGGACACGUCGGAGCUGGACCUUGGCCAGAGCACGGUGGACUUGAGCGCCCUCGUGAAGGAGUCCACGGAGAAGAGCCAGCAAGGGGAGUGCGCCCGGCAGUGGCAGAUGGCGUUCCUGCUCGCCGGCAAGGCCAAGGGUGGGGAGCUCGUCGUCACGCUCGCUUUCCAGAUCAUGGAGGACGGCGGCGGCGGGCUCUACAGCCAGCCGGCCAACAAGACUGCUGCCCCUCCUUGUCCCUCGCCUUGGCCGCCAGCUUGA